GAAGACUAUCCUGAUCAGCAUGGGCAUGGAGGACGCUUUUACUGUUGGAAUGAGUGACUUUUCUGGUAUGUCCACAGCCAACGACCUGGUUCUGUCAAAGGUCGUCCACAAGAGUUUUGUGGAAGUCAACGAGGAGGGAACUGAAGCUGCUGCUGCCACUGCUGGAGAAAUAACGAAUACGGCUGUUACCAUGACGCCCAUGUUCAUUGCAGACCAGCCCUUCCUCUUCUUCAUCCGACAUAACCCCACCAACACUGUUCUCUUUGCCGGCCGAUACUCCUCUCCUGAGUGAGCGCUGCUGCUCGUCCUGUAAGAACAGGAGACACAGUUUCUUUUUGUAGAUGUUUUACAACUCUUUGGGGUAAUUUUGGUCAUCUUUGUGGCUGUCUUGUGUCUCUUUACAGUUGUUUUGUAUCUGUAGACAAAUGUGCUUUUGUGUGUCCUUAUAGUUGUUUUGAGUCACUUUGUGGUUGUUUUGUUU